CGGGCGGCGGCGACAGGGACACUGAGAGAAUACCCGCGCUGGCGGGACCUCACUGCGGCAGGGACGCUGGGUGCGGAUCGCAGUGGCGGAGCGCCGCCCGGGAGCUGGCCCGGCAGGCGGGAGUUCGGCAGGUGCGGUGGCGGAAGUGCGAGGCCGCGGUCGGAGCCAAGCCGUCUAGGAAGCCGCGGCCGCGGGUCACCCAGCCCCCAGCAAUUGCCGAGCUUCGGCCAGACACCAGCGGCUAGGGCUCAGCCGCCGGCGACAUGCCUCUAUUCACCGCCAACCCCUUCGAGCAGGACGUGGGUGCAGAGUCUCUCCAGAGGUAGAGCAAUCCUUCUGACGUCAUUCAUGCUGGGAAGAAAUCCUUGGCUCAGACCCUGAGAAGAGGCUGUAGUAGGUCAAGAUGUCCAGCAAGGCACUCAUACACUGAUAAUGGUACAUGACCUAUCAGGUGGAAGUAGACUGAAGCCUAGGGAGUUAAAGAUCUCAGGCAGAUCCUGCUUUCUAGUUGGAAUCAGAACCUGUAAACCUUGAAGAAAAAGCCACAAAUGAGUACAACACUGCGGAAGAUUGGAGUCUUAUUAUGGACAUAUGUGACAAAGUUGGAAGUACUCCUAAUGGAGCAAAAGAUUGCCUAAAAGCCAUAAUGAAAAGGGUAAAUCAUAAGGUUCCUCAUGUUGCUCUGCAGGCAUUAACUCUUCUUGGGGCUUGUGUGGCAAACUGUGGAAAGAUAUUUCAUUUAGAAGUAUGUUCCCGUGAUUUUGCAACAGAAGUACGUGCUGUGAUAAAAAAUAAGGCUCAUCCUAAAGUAUGUGAAAAACUGAAAUCCUUAAUGGUGGAGUGGUCAGAAGAAUUUCAAAAGGACCCUCAGUUUAGUCUAAUAUCUGCAACUGUCAAGUCUAUGAAAGAAGAAGGAAUUACUUUUCCACCAGCAGGUUCUCAGACUGUCUUAGCUGCUGCCAAAAACGGUACGUCAUCGAACAAAAACAAAGAAGAUGAAGACAUAGCUAAAGCUAUUGAAUUAUCGCUGCAAGAACAGAAGCAACAGCACACGGAAACCAAGUCCUUAUAUCCACCUGCAGAGAUUCAGUUAAACAAUAAAGCUGCAAGAAAAGUGAGAGCCUUAUAUGAUUUUGAAGCCGUUGAGGACAAUGAACUCACCUUUAAACAUGGUGAAAUUAUUAUUGUUUUGGAUGACAGUGAUGCCAAUUGGUGGAAAGGAGAAAACCACAGAGGAAUAGGACUCUUCCCAUCUAAUUUUGUAACAACUAAUUUAAACAUAGAGUCUGAGGCAGCAGCUGUGGACAAAGUGAAUGUAAUUGAUGAGGAGGAAGAGGAAAUUAAGAAAUCAGAGCCUGAACCUGUUUAUAUAGAUGAGGAUAAGAUGGAUAGAGCCCUGCAAGUACUCCAGAGUAUAGAUCCAACAGAUUCACAACCAGAUCCGCAAGAUCUCCUGGACUUAGAAGUUGUCUGCCAACAGAUGGGUCCAAUGAUAGAUGAAAAACUUGAAGAAAUUGAUAGGAAGCAUUCCGAAUUGUCUGAAUUAAAUGUAAAAGUAUUGGAAGCUCUGGAACUAUAUAACAAAUUGGUGAAUGAAGCACCCAUUUAUUCAGUCUAUUCAAAGCUCCAUCCUCCAGCACAUUACUCACCUUCAUCAGCUGGGGUUCCAAUGCAGACAUACCCAGUUCAGUCACAUGGUGGAAAUUAUAUGGGUCAAAGUAUUCACCAAGUCACUGUUGCCCAGAGCUACAACCUAGGACCAGAUCACAUUGGUCCACUGAGAUCUCUGCCUCCAAAUGUGAAUUCCUCAGUGACAACACAGCCUACUCAAACUCCAUACUUAAGCACUGGACAAGACCCUAUUUCCAAUCCUACUUAUAUGAACCAGAACUCUAACCUUCAAUCAGCUACCGGUACAGCUGCGUACGCACAGCAGAUGGGGAUGUCUGUGGAUAUGUCAUCUUACCAGAACACUACUUCCAGUUUGCCGCAGCUGGCAGGCUUUCCGGCAGCAGUUCCAGCUCAUUCAGUUGCACAGCAGCAAACAAAUUACCAUCAGCAGCCUCUCCUUUAGAAAUAAACCAGGCAUUUUCUUGAAGGCCUUCCUAAAUUUAUUACUCAACCCUUGUGAUUCUAAUCUGACAAUAUUAAAAGGAAAAAAAUUUUUCUCAAAAGGGCCGUGAAUAAAUAAAGCACAAAAACUUACUCUACUAGGCCCUGGAAGUUUUUUUUCAGUCCAGUUUGUUUGAAGUCAAACCUUUGAUCAGAGGCAGCUUCAAGUUGCUUCUAGUUCAUUCUAUCUUACUUUCAAAUCUCACACAAAUCUGGACACCCAUAUAAGUAUCCUUAUGACACUAAGCAGCAUGAGAUAGAAGUAUCAAAAUUUUACUUUCAAGAAACCACCAUUUACCCCUAAAAACCUCACAAUAAUUGGGAGAGCACUGAAACCUUUUAAUAUUUCUUGUCUGCAUAUUUUUUUCAGUUUCCUGCACACCAUUAUUUUAAAAGGCAAACAUCUUUUUGUGUAAGCAUUUAGCUUGCCAACAUAUUUCCUUUUGGCUCCUUAAAUUGCAGUUGUGUUUGCAGUACUGUCAGUUUUGCUCUCUGUGUUAUGUUGAGUAAUAAUUAAAAUUUAACUGUCUACAGAAGCAAGAGCAAUUUGGAAGGAAUGAAAAUGUUUUCUGUUAUUAACACUGAAGACCAUGUAAAUGCAGAUGUAUGAUAAAGCAUUUAGCUAGUCCCCCAGUGCCAGAAGUGGGCUCAGGAAUUCUCCACAAAACAUUUUCAUUCCCUGGAGAAAGAUAUUUAUUUUCCUACAAGGGUCCCUGGUCUUUAGAAUUGCCACUAAUGACCUUUUCAAGUGACUUUGGCCAUUCGCUAAUGAAGAUAUGGCCCAUUUGUUUUCCUGACUGGAGUAUGGUGUGGAGAGAAGCUGCAUUUCCUUUUUAUGGAUUGUAUGUGAAUUUGAGCCAUGAGACAUUCCUAAUAAUUUGUUGUGAUGUAUACCAAGCAUGGAUGGUAAGUGUGUUUUUACUUAUGUGUUGUUUCUUUAAAGAGGUGUUUCAAAUACCAUUGCUAUUCCAGACUGUUGAAAACUUCAGCCAUUCGAUCCACUGGUAAUUCUAAGCCUGUGGAAUAAUAGCAGGCAAUGGAUUGAUAGGGAAUCUGUCAAGACAGUUUUUCUGAAGCCUGUGUUUUAAAUGUAUAAAUGCAAACUUAUAGUGCUAUUGGAUUCCACAUACAGAAGGAAUUGGGUAGUAAACCACUAGGGAUUAUUUUCUUUCCUAAAAAUUUGCACACUACUGCAUCAUCUACCAACUUUUUAGAUAAUACAAACUACAUAUGCUUACCAGAUACAUGAUAUUUAGAACUGGGGAAAAAAGUAGACAUAAGUUUAGCUUUUAAAAAGUUACUUGCAUGAAGCAAGAUUUCUUUUUUUUUUUUUAAAGAAAGCCUUUAAUCUACUAAGAAUCCAUUUAAAGACAAUACUCUGGAAAUUUUUGUCAUUUAUCUAUUUACAGAAAUUUGGUUACAAGUAUGUUCCUGUUUCAAAGAAACUGUACCCUGGGACAAAAAUAGUCUAUACUACUUGGUCUACGUGUAAAGGGAAAAACAAGCAGUAUUUGAAAGCUCAACUUCUUUCAUUGUCUUAUUUCAGAUAUAAGUAACUAGAAAGUUUUAACCUGUCUCAUGUUCUGUUUUUCAUCCAGUAUUUUCUUUUCAUGUGAAUUCAAUUCUAUAUAAAAAAAUUCUACAAUGGCACCUUACUUUUUUGAAAACAAAUCUAUUCUUUAAAAAAAGAAAACAAAAAGAUUUUGCAAAGCUGCUCUUGAUGAUAGUUAAUGUAUGCAUAUAUGGAAAAUUGUCCUUGUUUUUCUCUCAAACAAUAUUUAAUAAACAGUUACUUUAAUGUUUGUGUAAAUAUUUCAUGUAUAAUUGAGAUCUGACUUGUAAAUGUUUAAUUCUGCUUAAGUCUGAACUAGUAUAAAUACUGCACACCCAUUAAAUUGGAAUCAAUUAAGUUCACCUAAUAUAGUUUUGGAAUAAUAUGACAUAUAUAUAAAUAGUGUAUACUGGCAUUUAUCUGU